AUGAAUCAAAUGGAUAUAUUUGGAACUUGUUGUAAUUUACUCGGUUGUAUUUCGACAGUAGUAAACGAAGUUCAUAAUAUCUGUAAAAAUGCUAAAGAUAAUCGGGAAAAAUAUGAGAGAAUCAGUCAAAGAAUAGAAACAAACACAAGUCAAUUAAUGACUUUUUGUACUCGUUCAUUAAAGGGUGAUAAAAAUUUCAAUCCAAAUAACAUGAAUUUUGUUGAUAAUCUCCAACGCUAUUUAAAUGCAGUGACUGAAAUUAGAAACUUAGUUAAAAAAUAUGAUAAAUUAAAAAAAAAAAAUUUUUUGCAGAUUGCAAAAGCAAAUAAGUAUAGUGAUAAAAUCAAAAAUCUUGAAAAAAGAUAUGAAAGAGCUUUGGGAGAUAUAGUUUUUACAAUCAAUAUGGAAAAUUACAAGUCAAAUGAAAAUUUAGGCAACCAAGUACAAGAUUUGAAUGACACAGUUCGAAAGGAGUUUGAAUUAUUUUUAAAAACUGUUGAAGAUGUAUUUAAAAAAAAUCUUACAGAAAAUUCUAAAAAUCUUGGCCCUCAGUCAAAAAUUAUUGCAAAGGAAACACAUAAAGUAAACAAAGGCGAGUUCAAAAUUUCUCUCUCAUAUGAUGAAUUUCAAGAAAAAGAUUUAACAGAUCCAAAACCAGAUAACAUUUCUGUUCGAGGAAAAGUAUUUAAAAAAAUGUUAAAAGAAACUAUACAAGUUGCUUGUGUACCAUUUGAUGCACAACUCUAUUGCAAGGAUGAAAAGGAUGAAUUGGAAGCAACUUUAGCAAUCUUGAGUAAAUUACAUUCAUCAGAUAGUAUUAUAAAAUUUCAUGGCACAUCACGUGUUAAUGAUAAGGAUGUAUUAAUAUUUGAUUGGGCACAUAAGGGAAAUUUAAAAUAUGUAUAUGAAGAAUAUAAUAAGCAAAAUAAACUGAUUCCUUGGAAAAAAAAAUUAAAGAUUGCAUAUGGUAUCUGCCUUGGACUGCAAUUUUUACAUAAAUGUGAAUUUUAUCAUCGUGAUGUUAGAUGCAAAAAUAUAUUGAAAUUUGAAAAUGAUUAUGAAGAAAUUUCUCAACACAUUUUGAAUAAAAAAAGAGAAGAUUUAAAUUUUGAUUACAAACAUUCAACCUGGAAACAUGAACCUGGUGAACGUUUAAAACUACCAGAUAUUUUAACUAAAUUGGAAAUUUUAUACAAUAAAUAUUAUGUAUUUUGUGAAGAAUCAUCAACAGAGGCUAUAUCAAAAAAUUCUAUACCUUUGAAACAAGCUGCUAUGUUUGAACUAGGAAAAAUUUAUUAUUAUGGUAAAUACAAUGUUGAAAUAGAUAAAGACCGAGCAAAAUCUUAUCAUAAAGAAGCCAAAAAAAAUGGUAUUGCUAAUGCAAAAAAUGAACUUGAAAAAAUAAAAUCUGAUGAACCUGAUUCUCCUACUACUGCUACUAAUGUCAUUAAAUUUUUUUCAAAUGCGCAUGCUCAAUUUAAUGACCAUUUUUUUCAAAGAGCUCUUGAAGAAAAUGAAAAAAUGCCCAAUGCAAUUUCCACUUCUUAUAUUGAUGAAUUUGAUCAAGAAGAAUUAACAGACGAAGAAUACUUUUUAGGCCUUUCAGUUGCUGACAUAAUAAAUUUAAGUGAUAAAAAAACAUUGGCAGAUGAUGAAAUGGUUGCAAAAUUAAAAAAAGAAGCAAAUUCUAAUCCACCUCCUUGUAUAAAUUCUGCAUACCUUAAAAGAUGGUUCAAUUCAGUAUAUGAAAAUGACAUAGAAAAUUCAUUAAAAAAACUAAAAAAAGACUUUGAUGUAAUUGAUGGAUUUGAUACAAGCGAAUCAGAUCUUAUUAAAGACAUCAUUAGAAUAAAACUUUUGCAAUUGAGAGCAGAUCAUGGCAAAAUCAAUAAGCAUAUAGAUGAAAAUACAUAUACAUCUAUAUUAAUUUCAAUGGAUUUUGAAUUUCUCAGAUUGCAUUUUCCUGGUUUAAUAUCCUCAAGCUGGAAUGAGAAUGAGGUACCUUCUUCAAAGUGGCGUCGUGAGAAAAUAUAUAAUGACAGUGAUGCAAUGGCUCGCAAAGCAGAUGGCAUAUUGUUUAAUUACAAUUGUCGUGAUCAAGAACUUUUCAUUUUUGAAAAUAUUGGCCCUCCAGAAAAAACAAAUAACCCAAAAUAUUUAUCUGACAAGUUGAAGUGUUUUAGAAAUUGUGCCGACUCUAUUUUCAAAACCUUUUAUAAUGGAAAUGGCAAUAUUAAAUAUGCUUCAAAAUUCUAUGUUUUAGCAUAUAUAGUGUAUAAGACAAAAGGAGAGCUGUUCAGAGUAAAUCUGGCAGCUCCAGAAACUUUUGCUGUAGAUAAAAUAAUGGAGAUUGAAUAUCCAUUUGAACAUGUCAACAUCAUUAAUAUAAUAAAAGUUAUAGAGCUUGUAUUCAUGGUAAAGAAAAUUAUAGAGUUGAACAAUGAUACAUUAUAUAACUACAAACAAUCUUGCAUUGACAUAGAUAAAUACAACAAAGAUAAAUUCAUCAAAGUUAAAGAGUGGCUAUCUUAUGCUAAAACAUAA